UUCAUGGCCAUUGUAAUUCUCUCAGUCAUUCUAGGUUUUGAUGGAACCGCAAAGAGACAAUUAAUGGCUGGACUAAUUUGUACCCCAUACAACAUCAUGAUGUUUUCUUUUACUCUAUUCAUCGUGGAAGAAGUAAAAAUGACAAAGAGUGUCAAGUAUAUACCAUUUACUCGUUCAUUGAUCAUCUUUCUCGAUGGUUGCAUUUGGACGGCUUAUAGCCUCAUCAUUGAUUACAAUUUGUUGGAAAGUAGCGCUCUUAAGAUUAUGUCAGGUCUGAUUCAAUUGGGUCUAUAUGCAUAUUACUCAAAGAUGUGUUCAAAAGACGAGGAAGACAUUGAGCACCCUCCCUCGUGA